AUGCUGGAGGAUGUCUUAUACGAGGGUAUAGAAGCUGAGUUUGCUGAAUUGCAGGAGAAUCACAGGUCAAGUCAAUCUGAAAAAGAUGUGAACAGUUGUCAGAAAAAGUUGUAUAUCAAGCAGUAUAACGAACUGGUGAAACUGGUGCCAAUGUUCAGUAGCAUCAUAUCCAAAUUUGAGAAAGCUCCAUCUGCUAUGGACAACUUUAUUCACGCACUAGGUAGCUUUCCUGUCGUAAAUGAUGCCCGAUCUGGUGAUACUGGGAGUCUGACAAGAGAAGGGCUGACGUACAUUCUCAAGAACCUUGAAUCUGAUCAGUUCAAUCCCACUCUCCUCAAGCAUCAUGGCAAGAUUGCUCAGGGAUGGAACCAUCCUGAAACUGCACAACUGUUGUGCCCAAUGCGGAUGUUGAGUACUUUUGAUGCAGAUCCCCAGUCCUUCAUGGAAAAGGUGAAGGAAGGCCAAAUUAAGAUCACAGCUGUGAAACUUCCUACUUUCCUAUAUGACGAGUCUAUGUUUGAUCCCACCAAGAAAAGUCAAGGUUGUCUUUGGGGAUACUAUCUCAAACGUCUUGAGCAGGUUUUCCGCCACAUCUUUACAGGAUCAUUCAGUGCCCUUAACCUGAAUGCUUGCCAAGGUACUAAGACUCCAAAAGGCAGAAUUCAUGGAAUGACAUCACCCCUGCCUAGAGCAAUUGUAUAUGCAGCUGUACAGGCAUACUUCCAGCUUAGUUCUGUCAAUAUAUGGUGUCCAGAAAUUGAAGAUCUCACCUUGUUGAUCUCUAUGAUCGAGUUGUCAACAUGUUUGAAGGAAAUACUAACACAAAAUGGGUGGAAGAAACGCUCCAGCAUUGGAAAUUAG